AUGGACUCUGCAAAAAGGGAAAACAAAAGUGAUUAUUGGGUUGCAGAUUUGUUUCAACCUUGUUACACUACAAAUGAUCUUCUGACUGUUGACGAAGUCGAUAGAAAGGCUAAGUAUAAUCUUGCAAAUGAUUUUUACUCUAAUAUUUAUAGUCAAGUAAUCUUAAACGAAGUUACAGAACAAAAUAAAAUUUUACAAGCAGAAAAAAAGACGGAUGUGUUGGCAAAAGCGAAAAAAAAAUUAAAUGAUAAAGAUAUUCUGCUUGCUAAACCCCAAAGUCCAAUUUCAUCGACAACGCACUGCUGGAAUCAAGAGGAAAUUGUAUUAUUUAAAGAAUCUUAUGAAAAAUUAAAGGAACGCGCCAUAAAACUUAUUUGUAUAAUCGAAUCUCGAGAUCUUAAAAUUGACACUUUAAAAAGAACUAAUAAGGAACUUAAAACAGAAUUAUCUACAACGCAAAAUAAAUUUUCUGUUGUUAGAAAGGAGAAUGAGCACUUAAAAGCGUAUGCAUCAAGUUGUCAAAAAAUCACUGACGAUCUUGAAAUAAAAUUGCAAUAUUAUGAAGAUAUGAACAAUAACUUAACAUCUUCACUGUAUAGCCUGCAGAGUCAAAAGAACGAAAUAGAAGAGAAAUUCUCUAGGUAUAAGAGUUUAAAUGAAGAGUACAAACAAACUUGUACACAACAGCUAAUAAAACACAAAAAAGAAUUAUACACACUCGAACAAACAUUACGAAUGGACCAUGAAAGCAUAUUACAAAGCUUAGAAAUCAAGAUUCAUGAGAAAGAAACACUUUUGGAAAGAAAAGAAAAGGAAUGUAAUAACUAUAAGGACAGUUUGCAAAGUCUUCAAAAACAUUUCAAUAACCUGGGUGUCAGAGAUACCACUACAUUUGACAGUACUACAGAGAAGGAAAGCUUUCUAAAUAUAGUUGAUAUAUAG